AUAGUGUCAGUACCUCUCGGCGCUUUGGUCGGUACAGUUGGCAUCAUAUUCUGAUACAGUUUAAUGAUUAAGUGCUAAGCAACCACACGGCUGAAAUUCUUCUAAGUUAGUGUUUAAAAUUUAACAGUACACCUAUAAUUAACAUUAUUUAAAAAUAAUCCAAAUUAACAAUCAUUUAUAAAAAAGCUAAAAUCGUAAGUGAAAAAAUGGCUGAAAGUAAAGGUGCGUUAAUUGCUAAAACAGUGCAAAAACAUGCAGGCAGAGCUAAAGAGAAGUUUCUUCAAAACCUUGGCAAAGUAGAUAGGACGGCAGAUGACAUAUUUGAUGAGCAUCUUCAAAACUUUACACGCCAACAGAAUGCUGCAAAUAGACUUCAAAAAGAAUUCAAUAAUUACAUCAGAUGUGUUAGGGCUGUCCAAGCAGCGUCUAAAACCCUUAUGGAUUCCCUUAAUGAGAUUUAUGAAAGCCAAUGGACUGGCCACGAUUUAUUGUACGUUCAAGCACAAAGUUUAGAUGUGCUAUGGCAAGACUUUACUCAUAAACUUGCGGAUCAGGUCCUUGUGCCUCUUAAUACAUAUCAAUGUCAAUUUCCGGAAAUGCGGAAAAAAAUUGACAAACGUGGCCGUAAAUUGGUAGAUUACGACGGUCAAAGACACAACUUUCAAUCAUUACAAUGCAAUCCAAAGAAGCGUGACGAGACUAAAGUGAUGAAAGCUAAAGAAUUAUUGGAUGAGGCUAAACGAACUUACGAGCAACUUAAUUCAGAGCUUCAUGAUGAAUUGCCAGCGCUUUAUGAUUCACGUGUACUCUUCCUCGUCACCAAUUUGCAGACUCUCUUUGCGGCUGAACAAGUAUUUCACGUGGAAAGUGCCAAGGUUUACUCAGAAUUAGAAGCGAUCGUUGAUAAGCUUGCAAAUGAUAGUCAAAGAGGUUCUUACACAUUAAAAAAAAACUCAGAGCCACAAUCACCAAAAUCUCCAAACGCAAACUCGUCUUUGAUAAUCAACACACAAGCACCAUCUCAAAACAAUAUUUCACCUGCUCUCGAAACGAAGACAAUCGAGAAACGAAAUUCAUCGCCUACAACUCAAUUGAACGGCAAUGCAAAUAGUAAUGCUAACAGCAAUGAUAAUUCAGUGAAUAGUCAAGAUGUAUCACCACAAAGCUCAGUAGUGCCUGUUAAACGUGUUGAAGAAUUGUAUGAUAUACCAGUGGGAGCGACUACUGAAAAUUUGCCAGCUGGCGUUUUGUACAGGGUCAAGGCUACUUACAAGUAUGGUCGUGAAGAUAUGGAUGAAUUAUCAUUUGACGUCGGGGAAAUUAUACAAGUUGUUGAAUACGAUGACCCUGAAGAACAGGAGGAAGGAUGGCUAAUGGGUAUUAAAGAAGGCACUAAUGAAAAAGGAAUGUUUCCAGCAAACUUCACGAAGCCACUGUAAGCCUAAAGCUCAAUUUGCGACGUACACUCCACUGCUCACAAACCAGCGUCUUUAAUAAUAAGAUAUUAUAAUUUGUAAAAAAUAAAAAUAUUUAAAUUGUAAAUUCAAAAACAAUCGAAAACUGCACGAACAGAGAUUGUAUCGUUGUAUAAUUGAAAAGAAUCCGAAAAAAAGGUAAUUAAAAAAUCAUUAGUUAUAACGAGAAUUGAAAGCGAACAACUUAAAAAUUUAUAUUUAAAAAUAAAAAUAUUAAUAUAUAUAAAUUAAAAGAGAGGACUAAAUGCUGGAGGCUGCUCACUGCGGAUCAUGUUAACGAUUAAUGGGUCGCAAAGUGCCUUAAAAAUCCAGCCGAAUAUCUGUGCCAAUCACUGGUUAUAUGAAAAUAAUUUUCACAUAAUUCUCUUAUACAAUAAAAUAAAUAUUUAUAUACAAAUAUACAUCACCGAUAAUCAAAUGAAAUUUUUGGUGUAUUUGAUUUUUAUUUAAUAUUAUUAAUUAAUUAAUUACUAUAAAUCAAAUUGAUAUAAAGAACAAAUGAAAAAAUCAGUAAAAUUAUAAUGGAGUUGUAUGAAAGAGCGAGCGAACGAAUAAUAUUUAUAAUACGUCUUUCAUAACUAAUUGUCAAUUGGAAUAAAUUAACACGCGGGGAAAUAGCUUAUUAUUUAUGACUGUAUGUAAUAGCAAUUAGCAAUGAGUUUAAUUAAUUUUUAUAAAAGUAUUAUUUUUUGUUUAUUAAUAUUAUUAAUUUUUUUUAAGCUACUGUUUUUGUCUGAUGAUAAUUAUAACUUUUGUUUGUUUAUUUGUUUUAUAAUUUUUAUUUAAUGAAAAGUUGAUGAUCAAUCGGGUGAUUUCCCCUAGUGUGUCUCUAAAUUAGAUAUGAGAGAUUCUUUUUCAAACAGCCAAAAUAUUAUUAAAUUAAAAUAUAUGUAAUUAAAUACUUACAUAUUAAAUAAAAUAUUAUUUUAUGAGAUUGUAAAUAGAAUAAUGAAUUAUGAGUUUUAGGACUAUUUUAUAAAAUAUCUUUGAGGCCAAGAUUGCGGUUAAGUAAUUUUAAAAAAAUUUGUUGAUUGCCAAUAACACUUAAGUAAUACUGUCGAAUUAAAUUAUUUCAAAUUAAAAAAAAAAAAAAAACGUAUCUGAAUCGCCUUUUCAAUGAUUGUGCAGUUAAAUUAUAAAUAAUAAUGGUCCAAUUUAUAAAGUAAUAAAUAAAAUUACAAAUAUACAAUGUAUUCAUUUACUAAAAGAAAGUAAAACAUAUUUUAUGAAAAACAAAUAUUAAAAUUAUUUCAUUAUUUUAAUGUUGUUAUUGUAUAGUUAAAAUUUUCAAAACAUUAAUUUUAUUAAUUAUUAUUGAUUAUAAUGUUAAUUAUCUAUCACAUCAUUUAUAUAAAAUCUUGUAUAGUUUUGAGAAAUAAAAAAAAAUUAAUUAAUUGUACUAAUACUUAAUGAAAGUUGGAUGAAAAAAUUAAUUUUUUUCUUAUAAAAUUAAGUUUUUUAUGGCGAAUUCUUGUAUUAUAUAAAUGAGAUUUUAAAAUUAAAUCGUUUUAAUAAAAUAGAUAUUUUUCAUAUACACAUUAAAAUAAUUAUCGCUCUAAAAUGUACUUUAAAUACUAUCUGCUCCGAGGGCAACAGUUCCGAGGUGGCGAUUUUUGGGGCUCCGCUCUCAAUAAAUUGCAUAUGAAUUUCUAUAAGACGCGAUUUCAGCC